AUGAAGAGCUUCCUGAUUUGUAUUAUCUUGGGAGCGACGGCCUCAGUGUCCGGACACGGUGGCCGCAUCGUGAACGGCAAACCGGCGGAGGACCACGAGUUCCCGGCGCUGGCGUCUCUGCACGUGAACGGCAGCCACUACUGCGGCGCCAACGUGCUCUCCGAGAACUGGCUGGUCACCGCCGCGCACUGCGUCACCACCAGAUAUCUCGUUCUGCCAAUUAAUAUGAUCGUUUCCAGCGCACCGUCUGAGCAGUACAUAUUGGCCGGCACAAACUCACAGACGAGUGGAGGCUCCAUCCACCAAGUGGAGCAGAACAUCGUACACGUGAACUAUACUGGUAUGGUGGACUCAUCUGCAGAUAUAGCUUUGCUGAGGGUGUCUCCUCCGCUAGCUCUGGAUGGAGUGACCGUUACCACAGUGAAGCUGCCGGCUCAGGGACAGGAGAUAGAAGACGGGGCGAAUGCAGUCGCUGCUGGAUGGGGCAAACUGUCGGGGGAUUCUGGAGGACCUCUUUAUGUGAACGACCAGCUUGUGGGCCUAGUUUCCUUUUCUCGGUACUGUUCAGGCCUUACACCACCGAGCGUCUACACCAGGGUCCCAGUGUUUGUCGACUGGAUCAAAGAAAACGCACAGUAG